CCACAUUAUACCAAAAAUUAUAAAUUACUCUAUAGUACAUAUUUCUUUGUAAACAACAUUCAAUGUUGAUUUGGUUGGUUUUCCAUCUUCGUCAUUACAAACUCCAAUCCCAUGAACUUGUUACUCUCCACACUGCCAUGUACAAAUGUUUGUGAGUAAUAAUGGAGCGUCAGAGUAAGAUAACAACUUUUUUCAACGAUUGUCCGUGACUUUUAUUAAUGGUCAUUGCAAACCUAACAAUUUUAGGCGGAAAAUGCUUAGGCGGGAAAAUUUUCUCUCUCCAAUAUAGUGCUUUUAGGUAUAGGAUGAAAUUACAUUUUAGGAGUUUAGGAUGAUGAUUUUUUUUUUUUGCGGAAAGUGUAAUUGCAUUUUAGGAUUUUAGGCGGAGAAUGCUUAGGCGGGAGAAUUUUCUCUCUCCAGUGUAAUGCUUUUAGGUAUAGGAUGAUGAUUUUUUUUGCGGAAAGUGAAAUUACAUAUUAGGAUUUUAGGCGGAGAAUGCUUAGGCGGGAGAAUUUUCUCUCUUCAGUGUAGUGCUUUUAGGUACAGGAUGCUUUUUAGGGGGGGAAGUGAAAUUACAUUUUAGGAUUUUAGGCGGAUAAUGCUUAGGCGGGAGAAUUUUCUCUCUCUAGUGUAGUGCUUUUAGGUAUGUGAUGAUGAUGAUGAUGAUGAUGGUGGUGAAUUUUUUUUGUUGAAAGUGAAAUUAUAUUUUAGGAUUUCAAUUUUGCUACAGGUACCCCAUACUUACCUCAUUUCCUACCCCAUAUAAAUACCUCCUGUUUUACCAUCCCUUUUACCCUCUUUCCAAAAACCCUUCCCCCCUCCCCCACUUUUCUUCUCCUUCCCUCUCUCUCUCCUCCAUCUUUUCUUUUCACGCAACCCCCCUCAUCCCCUCCCCUUUCUUUUUCUUUUCUCUAAAAUUUGAUUUCUUCUCCAUUUCAAGAUCUUUUCCCAUUAAGUCUUCUCAUUUUUACAAUCUUUUCUCCCUCCAAGCUUCUUCUCUUGCUUCUCUCCUCUUCUGCCUUUUUUCGUUUCAAAUGGAAGAGCUACAAUAAUCGGACGAAGGGGAGAAGCUCGGUGACGUGGGGAGUUGUGUCUAAGGUGUUCACUUCAAGAUGACGAAUGACUUCAAAUGUAAGGCUGAAAAAGAGUUCCAAGCGGACGCUAAUUCAUUUACAAAAAUUAUACCAAGUGUGACUUCUUUUGCAAUGGAGAAAUAAAUGCAAGGAUGCUGAAGUAUAUACUGUUGGGGGAAUGUGUCCGUUUUGAACUUGUGAUUUUUUGAACAUGUAUUUUUUUCAUAUUACACUUGGGAAAAUGUGUUGAAUAUUGUACAAUGUUACAUGUUCAAUGUUGAACAAUUGGAUUCAGCGGUAUUGUCUGUAUGUGUUGAAUACUUAUGUAUGUUGAUCUUUUGUUUGUCUGGUUAUCUGCGGUAUUGUCUGUAUGUGUAAAUUGUUUGUCUUUCUGCGUGAAAGUAAUGUAUGUGUGGUUAUCUGUGUUGUUUGUCUAUCUAACGGUUGUGUUUCACUGUUUGGACACUGUUUGACACUGUUUGGCACUGUUUUGCACUGUUUUGUUUCCUAAAAUGGAAGUGUGAACUUAAAUAAGGGACAUCCCAAAAAGGAAAGUGGGAACUUUAAUAAGAACCGGAGGGAGUACAUGUUUGGUUUUCACCAAAUUCAUUUGUACAUUAACAAAUACAAUCAUAUCUCCGAACACUUUUAUAUAACCACAUCAACAAUUACUAAACUCAUCAAAAUGUACUAUAAAAUAACUAAACUCGUCAAAACAACCCACAAAUAUACAUUCCCACAUUAAUAACAAUUCCUAUGCUUCCUCCACCUUGUUCCACAUAUUUGCAUACUCGCAACCUGGAAUCAAUGACUUCUCCAUUUACAGGUGCUCUGCAAAGGAAGCCACCAUCACUCAUUCUCCCGACCUGUAGACAGACAACUCUGAAUAAAGGCCAGACAUUUUAUAUCACAUUACAGACAAUUUGUUGCAAUACAUAUGUAGACAGACAGACUAUUUUCACAUUACAUACAACUCAAAUAGAAUGCCAGACAACGUUUUUCACAUACAGACAACUACAAAUCAAUUUUAAAGAAUUCAUUUCACAUUACAGACAAAUCAAAUGGAAUGUCAGACAACUCUUUUCACUUCAUAGAGAACUACAAACCAAUUUUCAACAUCUGGAGAGAGACAUCACAAAAGUCAUCACACGUAUUAUAAAAUACAUUUGUAAAAUAAGAAGAUGUGCAUACAUACAGUUGCUCUAUGUACUCAAACAAAUAAAUUUGUCUGUCAAGAUAGACAUCUUAUGUAAGACUCUACCAAUUAUGAAACCAUGCUAAGCUAGACAGACGCUGCACUUCAAAUUUGUCUGUCAGACAGACAACCCCUUUUCAUGUGGAGUUGGACGAAAAAUACCAAAAAAAUGAGGAAAAAAUAGCAAAAUGAUGAAAUAGUGCCUCACAUGACGGAUGGGGCUUCCACCGGC